AUCGAUAAAUUAAAAGACCUUUGGAUUUGUUUUGUGUUUGAAGAAUACUGUAAACAUAUAAUUUUAUAUAUUUUUAUACUGUAAUUAUCAUGAAAAACUGAACGAUGAAAUUGUACAUUCUAUUUUAGACUUGUAUAGUUCAAAAAUGAAACUUUUCUUUGUACUAACAACAUAUGGAGAUGUGUGUUAUACUUCCUGAAUAUAUGAAGUACAAAUCUUUCGAAAUAUCGUGAGUCGCCUGCUUAUUGUUGUUUGUAAAAGAAGAUAUUUUAUUUAUAAUUUUAUUUAGCUUAUCCCUAUUGUAAAUAUAUUAAACAUGUCUUCUGAAAGUGAUUCAGAUGUAUUCUUUGAUGCUGAAGAAGUUACUCCUGUUAAAACCACUAAGUCUGUCAAGAAGGAUGAAAAGAAUGAAGAAACUAAUAAAUUGGAUGAAGAAUCCUCUAAAGACGAACAUGUUACUAAUAAUGCCAUGAUAAAUAUAUCUGACAUGAUUAUUAAUGAAGACUUGAAGGAAGCAGCACGUAAGGCAAGAGACAACGAACAACGACGGAAAAAAGUAGAAGAGCUAAGGAAACAAAUGUUACAUGAUGAUGAUGAUGUUCAGGAAAUACAUUCAGAGCAAAGCAGCAUAGAAUCUUCUUCUGUUGAAGGAAUCUAUCCAUCUAGUAGUAGGGGUUAUGCCUAUAAACAUUCUGACAGAAAUUCUAACGAAACCAGCAGUGUUAUGAGUUUAGGAAAAAUUGGCAGCAUUCUUGGUGGUCGAGAUAAACAAAGUUCAAGAGAUAUAGAUACUGUUUCAACAGAUUCUAAAUAUUCUUGUAAUGAAAGUGGAAGCCUUCAAGAUGGUGCUGGACCCUCUUUGCGGCAGCGAUCUAAUUGCACAGAACCAGAUGUUGUAGCUAGCACAAAAGGAGAAUUCAAACAUCCAGUUGCUCCUCCAAGACGAAAAAAGAGAAAUAAAAAUAAAACUGACACCAACAACUUAACAGUUUCAGAAUCUAAUGUAGAAUUACCAAGUCCAACUGACCCUGUUGAAAGCCUUGCUAGAGAAAUAGAAUUUUCCCUUGAUUUACAUAGUGCAACUAGAGGACAAUAUGUAGUAAAACCACAAGAUAGAGAACAAGAUCGAGCUGAAGGUCCAAAUGUUGAGAAUGCUGAAAGACGAGGCUCUGCUUCUCAGCGUUCUGACAGCUUGAAAAGUAAUUCUUCAAAAAAUCUUCUUAAUGCUUCUGAAGGUCAUGAAAAUGCCAAUGGAUCUAAUGAAGAACCUAAGCAACAACAGCCUUAUAUGGUUAGGACACGGUCAGAUUCUGGACGUCCAUUAACUGAUCAGGAAAUAUUAGCACAAGUAACAGUGAGAAACUUAGAUACUGGUGAACAGAUUCCCUUAAGUUUAGCCGAGGAACAUUUGCCAAGAUGUUUAAAUCCUUUAUCUCUGCACAUAAUGCGAUUGACGUCUGAAUAUGUAAGUAAUACAGCUUUGAAUAAAGAAUCUGAUGAGGAAAGCACAGAUAUGAGGAAAUCUGAUUCUAUGGAUAUUGCCUCUAGAGCUUUAGAGAGAACGUUUUCUUUCAGGCGAGGUCUGGGAAGAAGAUUACGGAUGGAAGUCAGCAGAAUUAGGACUGUAGUUGAUAAAGUUACUCAUUCACGGCAUGGAGAUGAAGAUAACAGUGAAGAAGAAAUAAUUUCUGAUCAAAGAUCUUCUGUUAAAAUUAAAAGUUCAAGCAAAUUAAAAUCAGCUGAAAAGGGUGGUAGUGAGUUUGAAAAUAUAAGAGUUGUUCAAGAAUUAAGUGGUGAACAUACAGGUGCAAUUUGGACAAUGAAAUUUUCUACAUGUGGCAGAUUACUAGCAACGGCAGGCCAGGAUCAUGAUCUUCGCAUUUGGGUUUUAAGAGAUGCUUAUAAAUAUUUUGAUGACAUGAGACAAAGAUUCAAUGCUGAGAGUGGUAAGACAUCACCACAACCUGAUGUUAGCACAACUGAUGACGAUGAUAAGGAGGAAAGCGAAGAUGAUAAAGGCCCAUUUCUCAGAAAACCUUUUUGCACAUAUCAAGGACAUACUGCUGAGCUUUUGGAUGUUUCUUGGUCAAAGAAUUAUUUUAUACUAUCAUCAUCUAUGGAUAAAACUGUAAGAUUAUGGCACAUCUCUCGAAAGGAGUGUCUCUGCUGCUUUCAGCACAUUGAUUUUGUUACUGCCAUUGUCUUUCAUCCCAAAGACGAUCGCUAUUUCUUGAGUGGCUCUUUAGAUGGGAAACUAAGACUUUGGAAUAUUCCUGAUAAAAAAGUAACUCUGUGGAAUGAAUUAGAUGGGCAAACAAAGUUGAUAACUGCUGUAAAUUUCUGUCAGAAUGGGAAAAUUGCUGUUGUUGGUUCUUAUGAUGGUCGUUGUAUAUUUUAUUAUACUGAUCAACUCAAGUAUUAUACUCAAAUUCAUGUCAGGAGCACUAAAGGGAAAAAUUCUCAUGGAAGGAAAAUUAGUGGAAUCGAGGAAAUGCCAGGAGAAGAUAAGAUUCUUGUAACUUCAAAUGAUUCCAGAAUCAGAUUAUAUGAUUUGAGAGAUUUAUGUUUAACUUGUAAAUAUAAAGGAUAUGUAAAUUUGAGUAGCCAAAUAAAAGCUAGUCUGAGUCACGAUGGAAAGUACAUACUUAGUGGUUCAGAAAAUCAAUUUAUAUACUUGUGGAAAACAUCACAUGAUUAUGCCAAAUUUAGAAGAGACAGGAAUGAUUAUUGGACUGCAAUAAAAGCCCAUAAUGCUGUUGUUACCUCAGCAGUAUUCGCACCUAAUCCUUCCAUUAUUGUAAAGCAAUUAAUACGUGAUCAAGAUGAAGAUGUUGCUGCUGCCAUGAAAGAAGACAUAAAUAAGUAUUAUAUUAUGGUCAGUGGUGACUUUAAUGGAGUAAUUAAAGUUUUCUUACACAAAACGAAAACUGGAGCUACUAAUACUUCUUAAAAUAUAGACUAGUCUUGUAUGUAAACUUUGUACAGUAUAUGGAGUAUAUCAAUUAUAAAUGUUUUCAAUCUGAAAUAAAUGUAAUUUUUGUACAAGAAUUCUAUUAAAGAAAAAUUUUGAAACUUUUACUGUAAAGAUUGCAUGUACUUAUUGUAUGUUGUAAUUAUAUUUUAUUAAAGUUGUCUUGUUUUACUAUUUAUCACAUUUUACUAUGUUGAUGCAUUUUGAAAAGAUGUCUAUUUUUCUGAGGUGUCCUCGUCUAUCAUCUGUUAAAAUUAAAAACUGUGUAAAAAUUGAAUAGUUUUCAAAGAUUAUAUUGAAUAAACAUUGUAAGACAAGAA